AUGUCAGAAUUGAUAACUAUGCUCGUGGACUUUGAUGACCCUAGAGCUCUGGAAGCAUGUCGGAGAAAUAGGUAUGAGAAAGAAAUCACCAGUGACUUAAAGAAUGGCGCCGAUGUACUAUGUUUAGAAAAUACUGGCCGUGCAAUCUCAAAGCCUACACCGAGGUUAAGAAAAAUGGACAUUCGAUCCGUGAACUUCACGUCAAGCGCUAGAAAAACUCUGGGAAGCACACGCUGGGCGACUCAGCAGACGCAGACAGUACAGACGCUGCCAAAUUGUUUCAAUGUAAUUAGGCUACUGCGCGGAUCAGCUGUAGCGGUGGUCCUAGCCCCCACUGUCUUUCUGACCAUGCUCUCUUCUGCUGAACGAGGAUGCCCUAAGGGUUGUAGAUGCGAGGGCAAAAUGAUAUACUGUGAAUCUCAGAAACUGCAGGAGAUCCCCUCAAGCAUAUCUGCCGGUUGCUUGGGUUUAUCCCUUCGCUACAACAGCCUCCAAAAACUUAAAUAUAAUCAAUUUAAAGGGCUCAAUCAGCUCACCUGGCUCUACCUUGACCAUAACCAUAUCAGCAAUAUUGACGAGAAUGCUUUCAAUGGGAUACGCAGACUCAAGGAGUUGAUCCUGAGUUCCAACAGAAUCUCUUAUUUUCUUAACAACACCUUCAGACCUGUGACCAAUUUGCGGAACUUGGAUCUGUCCUAUAAUCAGCUCCAUUCUCUGGGAUCUGAACAGUUCCGGGGCUUGAGGAAGCUGCUUAGUUUACACCUCCGCUCCAACUCAUUGAGAACCAUCCCGGUGCGGAUCUUCCAAGACUGUCGCAACCUGGAACUUCUGGACCUGGGGUAUAACAGGAUCCGAAGUUUAGCCAGGAAUGUCUUUGCUGGCAUGAUCCGACUCAAAGAACUUCACCUGGAGCACAAUCAAUUUUCCAAGCUCAACCUGGCCCUUUUCCCAAGGUUGGUGAGCCUUCAGAACUUGUACAUGCAGUGGAAUAAAAUCAGUGUUAUAGGGCAAACCAUGUCCUGGACUUGGAGUUCCUUACAGAGGCUUGACCUGUCUGGUAAUGAGAUCGAAGCCUUCAGUGGACCUAGUGUCUUCCAGUGCGUCCCCAAUCUGCAGCGCCUCAACCUGGAUUCCAACAAGCUCACAUUUAUUGGUCAGGAGAUUCUGGAUUCUUGGAUCUCUCUCAAUGACAUCAGUCUUGCCGGGAAUAUAUGGGAAUGCAGCAGGAAUAUCUGCUCCCUGGUAAACUGGCUGAAAAGUUUCAAAGGGCUGAGAGAGAAUACAAUCAUCUGCGCCAGUCCCAAAGAGCUGCAGGGGGUAAACGUGAUCGACGCGGUGAAGAACUACAGCAUCUGUGGUAAAAGCACCACCGAGAGGUUUGACCUGGCCAGGGCGCUCCCCAAGCCCACGUUUAAGCCCAAGCUCCCCAGGCCCAAGCAUGAGAGCAAGCCUCCGCUGCCCCCCACGGUGGGAGCCACCGAGCCCAGCCCAGAGACAGAUGUGGACACGGAGCACAUCUCCUUCCAUAAGAUCAUCGCGGGCAGCGUAGCCCUCUUCCUGUCCGUGCUGGUCAUCCUCUUGGUCAUGUACGUGUCCUGGAAGCGGUACCCCGCCAGCGUGAAGCAGCUGCAGCAGCGCUCCCUCAUGCGAAGGCACCGGAAGAAGAAAAGGCAGUCGCUCAAGCAAAUGACUCCCGGCACCCAGGAAUUUUAUGUCGAUUAUAAACCCACCAACACGGAGACCAGCGAGAUGCUGCUGAACGGAACGGGACCCUGCACCUAUAGCAAAUCAGGCUCCAGGGAAUGUGAGGUAUGAACCAUUGCGAUUUAAACACAAAACAAAACACACACAGAGAAAGAGAGCGAGCGCGCUCUUAAAAGCUGGGAAAAUAAGUGGUGCUUUAUUGAACUCUGCUGACUAUCAAGGGAACACGGUGCCCCUCCCCUCCCCCUCCCUCUCCCUGUGCUGGCAAGGGCCUUCCCUGUCUCUGAGAGUGUGUUCAUAAUACUGGUCAUUUUCCUCCCAUAAAUAAUCAACCCAUUGAAAUUUAAAUACCACAAUCAAUGCGAAGCGGGAACUCUGGUUUAACACCAUGCCUAUUGUGUAAGACCCUUUAUGGAUUUCAUUAACAUCACACUUGUUUCCAGGAAAAAAAAAAAUUCUUUUCCUGAGUGAC